AUGGCGUCCGACGAGAUUGUUUGGAACAUUAUCAACGGCAAUGGUGGAUUCUGCUCUUACAGACUUAAAACCCCUCAUGUGAAAGCACAAAAUGCCUUCUGUCGUAACGAAUACAACCACAGUGGCUUGUGUAACCGCCAGUCGUGUCCUCUCGCCAACUCCCGCUAUGCCACGAUUCGAGAAGAGAACGGCCGCAUUUAUCUAGCCAUGAAAACGGUAGAAAGAUCACAUUUGCCGAGCAAAUUAUGGGAAAAGCGCUUGUUGUCUCGUUCUUAUAGUGAAGCUCUCAAGCAACUGGAUGAGUUGUUGAUCUAUUGGCCCAAGUAUAUGAUCCACAGGUGCAAGCAACGUCUUACACGCCUGACACAAGUCCAAAUCCGCAUGCGUCGCAUUGCAGCCGAGGAUGAACGAUUGGGCGAGAAGCUGGUGCCGAAGAUGGCACCCAAGAUCAAGCAUCGUGAGCGGGCCCGUGAGCGCAAGGCCGAGGCAGCUGCCAAACUCGAGCGCACCAUUGAGCGUGAGCUCGUCGAACGCCUACGACAGGGAGCCUACGGUGACCAGCCCCUCAACGUCAGCGAGCACAUCUGGAAGAAGGUCCUCAACGCCAUGGAGCGUGAAGGCGGGGGCGAGCGUGACACCGAUAUGGACAAGGGUCUCGAUGAGAACGGCGAGGAGAUCGAGUGGAGCGAAGAUGAGGAGGAAGACAACCUUGAGAAGGAGGUCGAGUACGUUUCCGACAUUGGCGAGAGCGAUGACGAGCUCGGCGACCUUGAGGAGUGGCUCGGCAGCGACGACGAUGAGGAGAACGAGGAGGAAGAGGACAGCGAAGAGUCCGAGAGCGAGAAGUCCGGCAACAAGCGAAAGCGUGGACGGGCCAUCAAGAUGAAGAACAAGAAGCCCAGACAGGAGGAGAAGGAGAAGCUGAUGCUGACCAACGAUCUGUCAUGGUAA